AUGGAGUGUUGGGAGUUGAUGCCAAAGAUUGAAUUACAUGCUCACCUCAAUGGCUCCGUCAGAAACUCCACUCUACUUGAACUUGCUGGAGAACUGGGUAAAAGGGGCACUGUAGUUUUUCCAGAUGUGGAGAAUGUAAUAUUGAAAAAUGAUCGUUCACUCCGUGAAGUGUUCAAGAUGUUUGAUUUGAUCCACGUUGUUACUACUGACCAUAAAACUGUCACAAGGAUUACCAAAGAGGUAAUUGAAGAUUUUGCUUCUGAAAAUGUUGUCUAUUUGGAACUAAGAACCACUCCGAAGAGGAAUGAUUCAAAAGGGAUGAGCAAGCGCUCAUACAUGGAAGCAGUUUUAGAGGGUGUAAGGGCUGUCAGUAUGGUGGAAGUUGAUCUUUCUCGAGAAUUGUUUGCAGAAACUCCUGCUGUAAAUGAAACAUAUAAUAUGACUGGAAGGAAGAAGAUAUUCGUGAGAUUUCUUCUCAGUAUAGAUCGUCGAGAGACCACUGAAGCUGCAAUGGAAACUGUUAACCUUGCUUUGGAAAUGAGGCGAUUUGGGAUAGUGGGUAUCGAUCUAUCUGGCAACCCCUUCGUUGGUGAAUGGUCAACAUUUUUGCCAGCUCUAGAGUUUGCUAAGUUGCAAGGACUUUCAAUUACUCUGCAUUGUGGCGAGGUGCCCAAUACAGAGGAAAUUCUUGCUAUGCUAGAUUUUCUUCCAAGGAGAAUUGGACAUGCUUGUUGCUUUGAAGAUGAAGAAUGGGAAAAGUUGAAGUCGUCCAAGAUUCCGGUUGAGAUUUGUUUGACAUCCAACAUCAAAACUGAAUCAAUCUCUUCCCUGGAUGUCCAUCAUUUUGCUGAAUUAUAUAAAGCAAAUCACCCCUUAAUCCUUUGCACCGAUGAUGUUGGGGUUUUCUCUACGAGCCUAUCUGCUGAAUAUGCAGUUGCCUCGUCUACAUUCGGUCUCGGGAAGAGGGAAAUGUUUCAGCUUGCAAGGAAGGCCAUUAAUUUUGUUUUUGCUGGGGAUGAAGUGAAACAGAAACUGGAGGAAAUAUUUGCUUCAGCUGCUAGAGAGCUGGAUUUGUAA